UAGAUGUUUAGUUAUUAAUAAUUAAUUAAUCUUAGCCAACUGCUAUCAUUAUUUCAAUUAUUAACAUUUUUUUAACAGUGAACGAUAAUACAAAGGACAAAAAUGGCAAAAUUUUGUUUAAUAUUUUUUGUAAUAACAAUAACAACAUUUUUAACAAUAAAUUCAGUGCUUUGUGAUUCUGAAGAAGAUAAAAGUCAUCAUUUUACAAUGGGUUUUAUGCAAACUGGUGAUCGUUUAUUGUACCGGGGAAUUAUUAUAAAAAAAGCAAAAAUCUUACGAAUAGGUACAAAAGAUGUUAAAUUCCCUGAGAUAGCUGGAAUUCCACUUGGACCAACAAUUUCGUUUAUUAAAGUUACGGAUCAAUACCAAAAUGGUGAAGGUGGAUAUGUAUCAAUCUAUGAAGGGGGAGUUGGGCAGAAAACUGUUACGAUGCAUCUAAAAUCACAGCGUGGUCAUGGAUUUAAUUUUAUAAUUGAAAUCUAUGGACAUUAAAUUUAACUUUUAUG